CGCUACCUUGUCACAUCGAUAGUUUGGCUUGUAUCAUCAACCACUGCCUGGUCACACUGAUUUCCCGGCGUUCGUGUUUGUUUUUAUUUUGUUUUCCGCCGUUUAUUUUGAUUUCUCGUGAGGAUGAACCUCCCACCAUGCUGUAUGCUCUAGUCCGGAUAGCCGAGUUCGUGGACCAGUUCCUGCUGCGCCCGCUGGCCAGCGUGAUCGAUGCGGUGGUCACCGGCGUGUACUACUUCCUGUGGAGCAGCUACUUUGUCGGCUAUUGCUUGGUGGAGGGCAGUUUGCUGGCAUGGAACUUCGUGAGAUCUACGGUCAGCGAUGUCCACAGAGGCUGCUGCGACCUGCGUCUCAUCACGCUGGAUGUGACGGAGUACUUGUAUGGCGGCACCAGAGGUGGCCUCAAGAACGCCUGGGAUUUUGGUCAAGCCGUUGGCCGGUUCUUCUGCAAUCUGCUCAUCGAACUGGGCGAUUGCAUCUUGUGGGUGUUGUUGCUGCUCCCAAGAAUGAUACUAUUCAUUGUGGACUGCCUCUUGGACUUUGUGUUUCACUCCAUCGUGACCCAGGGCCUCAGCCUGCUGAACAGCGUGUUCCGGCUCUCGAUCGGACUGUCCGUGCUUCUUAUUCUCUACAUGUUUCGGCGCUAUGUGUACCUGUUGCUCAUCUGCCUGCUCCAACGUGCCCGCAUCGAGAUCUCAACAAAGACGCAAAGCGUUUACCUCUGGACCGAUCAGCAGUUACAGCGAUUUAGGCAGACCAUUCGCAAUGAUCCGGGAAACGCAGGAUCCCCGAAUCGCGGGGGCUGCGUGGUCUGCAUGGAGCGCAGCCGGAACAUCGUCAUCAUGCCCUGCCGGCAUCUCUGCCUCUGCAAGGAGUGCUCGCAGCAACUGCGGCUCCGCCUGGAGCAUCGCUGUCCUGUCUGCCGCAACGAUAUCAUUUCCUUUCUACCGGUGUACAUUUGAUACUGCCCACUUUUGUAAGAGUUUUAAAGCUUAGCAUAUUUGUACAUAAGACUGCCAAUUGGAAUUAGCUUUAAGAACCCAAUAUCGGACUAAUAAUAUAACCGAAUGCCUAAGGUAAAAGACAAUCGAAACAAAAAGAAAGCACUUCUUGUUCGGAUAGGUAAAAAACUUGUAUAAUUACAAAACACGUUACUUAAAAAUCCGAAAAAAUUUAAAUCAUUAGAAGAGGAUAUCCUAGACUGCGAAAACACCAGAGUAGACAACAAGUUUCAACACGCCUCCCAAAAUCAUCUUAAAUAACAUUCAAAACUAAAUUGUUUUAUGUAUUUAUUUCAAACCAAUGAAAAUAUACGAUUUGUUUUGUAUACAUUUAUGUAAAUACGGUUUGGUUUUUCGUAUAACUAAUUUCUCAAAAGACAGAUAUAGAAAAAACGUUUGUUUUGGGCUUACAUUUUAUUUAAUUUAAAUGUAAUUUAAAUCGAAAUGAAAUGAUUCUCUUUGCUUCGUAUCGUAUUGCAGAGUUAAUUGAAUUGCAUGUAAUAAGAUUUUUCAUAACACUCAUAUGCGUACUGUUUUGGAUACUUAACUGGUAAAUGAAACGAUCAAAUAAGAGUAAAAUUACACAACGGCCUAUCAUCUAUCAGAUAGAUAUUUGUUAUAGCGUCUUUAGGUUUCACCUAUCUUUUUUUUCUGCUCAUCGCUAGUAGUAGGCGCAUAAUUGGAUUGGAUACAUGUCUAAGUUUAUCUGUUGUGUGGUUUUUGUGUUGAAGAUAUAGCGUCUAUUGCUCCAAUAGACGCACUCUAUUUCGAAUAACAUUAUCUUUCGAAAAGAACGUCUAGUUGCUAUAUAAAUUUAAUUUGUGCCAAUUUCUUUUGCUCUCUUCUUUCUAUUUUGUUGUAUAAAGCUUUAUGCGCUGCUUCUGGCUUAAUCCUAACCGUUACAUAGUAAAAUAUAUAUUUCAUGUGUAUAUUUUAUUUUAUAGCAAUAUUAAAAAGUUCUCAUUUAAAAUCGUUUCAUCGAAAAAUUUCACGUUUUACGGUUUAUAUUUUGUUUCGUUUUGUAACUGUAUCUCAAAAAUAUGAAUCCACACUUGACAUUUACGUAGUAUAUAUGUAUGCAUUUAUAAAACUACAAAAGAACAAUAAACCAAAAUAUAUGUGUAUA